UACUCCUUCCUCACUGGUGUCCCGCCAGCGUACGCCAAUAGCUCAGGCGGGAUUAUCAAUCCAUUAUUACGUUUGCUUACAGAAUUAGCAUGUGUUAUACUUAUCUUGUUAAUAAAUUCUAUUCCCGUGAUGGUAGAAAAUCAGGACUAUGGAAGUUCUGAUAAGGAGAAAAAUUCUCAGAUAGAGGUGAGAGCUGUCCUGAUCAACUACCAGCUCGAGGAAAGUGAUGGUGCCAUUAGCGAUGCAGCGAUACGAUUUCAACGGGAGGAAUUAUUCAAGCAUAGUGUUUUGGGGGAUUGCAAUAAGAAGUUAGCACUUACUGUCAAAAUAACUAAUGACCCUUCUCCAGAUUUAGGUACAGACGAUGAGUACAUUCCCAUAGAGCACGUAUUUGAUGGGUCCAAUAAGAAACGGGUUCGAUUGCUUAAUCCGUACGUCUUAAGGAUACGUCGAGAGAAACCACUCCAAGCAUACCGAAUAAGGAGCAUCGAUACUGUUAGUGGCAUUUUAAUUAGUUCCGAUGACCCCAGUAAUAGAAAAGAAAAAAGUGAAUUCCGUCAUCGUGCGCAACGUGAUAAUAAUUUCUGGGAAAAUAAUAAAUGGUUUAAAGGAAUGGAAUCAAGAUCAUCCUUAUUUACCAUGCAGUAUGGUGGCCCUGAUUUCCACAGUUGUUCAAAUUCUCUUAAAUUUGGAGAUCUAGAGCUGUACCCAACUGUAUCUACACUAUACACAGGACGAUUGUCGAGAAGUAAUGCAAAGAUGCCUGCGGUAAACAUUUUAAAACGAGAUAAGCGUCAAGAACAUAAUAUUAUCAUUGAACAAACAAAUUCCGAAGGUAAUUCUUGGGACUCAGAUCGUGGUUUAUACAAAAUUCAAAUGCCUGAUAAAAAUAAGCGUCGUGAAGAGAUACAUUUGUCACCAGAAGUCGUUGAGCAUGAGACAACACAUGAUUCUGUAAUGUUCAAUAAUAAGCGUCUAGAAAAUAAAAGAAACUCGCUGACUCAGCAAUAUCAUUCUGAGGUUUACAGAAGACAUCGAAAACCAAUGUCACUGGAAUCCGAGACAAAUAAAGUAUAUAUAGGUGACAAUUUUAAAAUCACUACACCAACAAAUGAAAAUUUUAAUAAAAUUACAUACUCAGAAGGGGAUCUCCCUCUAGUAAAGGGGAAACGAACAAAUUACAAUAAUUUGGAAUCAAAUGAAAAAGAAUUUGGUUUAUUUGAAAUUGAUAAUCCAUGCUUAUGGAAUACCAUUCACGUACAACUUUUUGAGAAAAGGAGCACACCAGAAGGGAAAACUGUUUGGAAUGAUCUAACUAACGGAGACUCAGUGAGUAUCGGUUCUAUAUCAUCUCAGUGGACUGGUCAAGAUGUGCAUAUACGAUAUCGACCGACUGAGUGGAUACCGAGAAAAGAUUUUAGUUUGUCUUCUACUUCCUCUUUACGCCUUCUUGUUCCAUUAACCGACAAUGAUAGAGAAUACAUAAUUGUACCCAUAGAAGAUGUUAUGGGUAGUGGUGAUGAGGACAAUAUUUUAAACAACCAUGACGUAAAUACUUCUCAAUUUUCCAAAUUUAGUACACAAUGUAAAAAGAGAAAGCGUAAAGUUUUAGUUCAUGUAUCAAGACGCUUGUUGGAUACUACAAAAGAUAAUUUGAAAAUUGUAGAGCAAAGGUCACAACGUUAUCUCACUCUACCGUAUCAACGGCCACAUCAAAUUCAAAUAGAUUUAGAGGCACGUGCUGAUGAAAAUCAAUUAAUUCUUGUGGGUUGUUCUGGUCGCAUCGCGACUGUCGUUGCCGAUAGCACCAGACGCACACGAACCAUAUUGACAAUUCAAGCGUCUAAUAUGGGAUUAGCAGCAGCACGCUUCAGAAUCCAGACACGACACUGCGAUCCAGAUUUGUCAGGCUUGAUCAAAAACAUGGGCAACGACGGUGGCGCUGAAGAGUCUUACAUGCUGGCUCCUAUGUAUACGAAGCGAUUUCGACUUGAACUACCCAUUGACAUCCCUGUGGAUGUCGCUCAUUGUUCUGUGGCAUUAGUAAAUGACGACGAUGUAACGGUGGCUAUGAGAGAUGUCACUAUAAAGAAACGCGAUCGUUGUUUUUGCGUUUGGUAUUGCGAUUGCGUGUGCCUGAGCGACGACCCAAAAUUGUUGUGUAGAGAGAUGUCAGAUGCAAAACGUGCAGCAGCUGGACUUCCAGCUAGCAAGAAAUCACGCCAUGUUCGCUCUGUCUGUUACCCUGACAUCGUUUUCUUAAACUUAUGUGUUAUUAUAGUCGGUGUACUCAUAACACUCUUGUUUCUUGGUUUUGUGAAGGCAUGUGUAGGCCUGGUAUUGCGAUGCGUGGGUUCGUGGGGUUUGGAACGUCUGCUAGUUAUGCCUCGAAAGCUCGAGCGUUAUUACGAAAGCUCCUUGUCAGAUCGACCUGUUAUUUAUGACGAGGAAGGCUGGCCUGUCCAUCCAGAUACUAAGCGACGUACUGUACGACUCGUAAACAAGCGAAUGGAGUUUAUAUUGAACAUAAUAAUAUUCAUUGUGGUUCCUUGUCUGAUGUUAUGGGAUGUUUUAAAGCAUAUAGCAUCUCAAUGGCACAGAUUUCAAAAUAAUACUGAAUCUAAGUCGCAGAAUAUGGACACUAAAAACUGUUUUAACACAAUAGAUUUACAGGGUUUGGAGCCGCGUUCGCGACGUCGACGUGGAAGUCUACGCCAAUGGAUGACACCACAAGCUGAAGAUCUCACUGCUGAUAUUUGGCAUAAAGGAUUAAGUCCACAACGAUCGGUCAACGGUGUCGAGAUUAUGCGACCGUUACUUUAUCAAAAGACCCAAGCAAGACAAGACGAAACUCAUUCUUCAUGUUUGGACUCUGAGCAAGAUGAUACGGAAUAUGUACUCAUGCAGAUGAAAAAGAGUCGAGAAUCACUUGCUAGAACACAAAUGAAAUCGAAUGACGUUGUAUCAAUAUCGACUCGAAAACAAAACCAGUACUAUUGUAAAUCUACAAUAAAUAACUGA